AUGGAAUGCCUGAAAGCACGCCUUGAAACGUUCAAUAAGACGAAACGAUCCAAACAGUCCUUGACGAGAUCAACAGCCGGUCUUAAAUGGCCACACCCCUCGUCUCAUAGAGCGACGCCGCAGACUCUUGCCGAGGCAGGUUUUUACUACAACCCAAGUUCUGAAGACAAGGAUAAUGUCACUUGCUUCAUGUGCGGCAAAGAACUCAGCGAUUGGGACCCAGAUGAUAACCCGUUCGACAUCCACUGGAAGAAGUGUCGUAACACAUGUGCUUGGGCGGUCGCGAGAUGCGGGUUGAUCUAUGAUGUUGAUGAGGACGGAAAUCAUCAAUUUACGGACCUGACACGUCUGCCCUCAAGUAAGGCUAUGGAGAAGGCUCGGACAGAGACAUUUACCACAAAUAAGCUAUGGCCUCACGAUGCGGUGAAAGGGCAUGGGGCCAGUUCAAAGAAGAUGGCAAAAGCCGGAUUUAUCUACACUCCACAGUCUCCCGGGGACGAUACCGCCACUUGUCUAUACUGCAAUCUUUCGCUGAGUGGAUGGGAUUUUGGUGAUAAUCCGACUGAAGAGCACCUCCAACGCGAAAAGAAAUCGGGUGUGCCUUGUGUCUUCUUCCAACAGACUCCUGGGAGAGUCACAAAAGCGACUACCGCGUCACGGAAGGAGGCAAUACCCUUGCAUUCAGAUGAUGAAUUAGCUAUGGAUAAAAUCCAGGGUGGUGGUACUACUAGAUCCAAGAGUCGGACCAUAGGAAGCAAGCUAUCUACAACCUCGAAGACUCCAGCAUCGAGACAGUCUACACGCGCAACUGGCACCAAUAGUAGGACACCCGCAAGCCGGAAAACUGCCGACUCGGAAGUUGAAUCCACGGCUGGAGGCAACGAAAGCGAGGUUGGAAAGCGCGUCUCAAAAUCCAAGCGCAAACUGCCGGCGAAGACCAAAGAGGCGAUACAAGCAAUCGUUGAAGAGGAUGAAGAACAAGGCGAUGAUGUUGAUAUGGAAGUAGAAAUGGUGGUGGAGAUGGAACAGCCGAAAGAGAAACCAAAAAGAGGUCGACCACCUAAGGCUAAGAAACUCGCAGCCGCACCCUCCGAAGAGUCGGAUCUGGAUCGUGUUCCUACGAAGAAGGGGCACCAUACACGUACAAGGUCCCGCACCCAGGUAGAGUCCGAAUCUGAUGUACCGCUGGCGCCAAAGCCUCACCAGUCGAAAACGAGAUCGACGACGGCAUCCAAGAAAGGGCCACCUCCACCUGUGCAGAAUCAGGGAAAAGCGACCUCCAGCAAGGCGAGGGUUGUGGAUGUAUCAUCUGAUGAUGAGAUAGACGAAGCGCCUCCUUCGCGCACUGGCCUGGUACCGCCUGUAACACUACAGGGAUCAACCAAGAUGUCAAAUCCUCUUGAUGUAGUCCGCAUUGCUCCAAAACAGAGAGGAAAGGACGAGCUGCAAGUUGAAGUGGUUGUCCCCAGUCCAAAGGGCAAUAACCCUGAUGUUGAUGUGCCAAUAGAAGACCCCGAACCAAUCUCAGAGGAGCCUGAUAUGAAUCAGUCCGCUAUUUUUGUGGUUGCCCCGGCUCCGUCGACUCCUCGUUCCUCCAAUUCCCCCGUCAUCGUACAUGCUAGCCCAGCUGCGGCUCCGCCAACCUCAGAAACUGAGGCGACCUCUGUCGAGCCGGAUGCUCGAGGGUCAUCAUUAGCGUUCACGCCUAUUAUGGCGCAAUUUCCGGUUCGCAGCCUGAAGUCACUAACUGAAGAAGAGGGCAACAUGACCGUGGAGCAGUAUAUCAGGCGCGAGAUGGAAAUACAAUAUCAGCAGAUCCAGGAAGAUGCGUAUAGGCGCAUUAUGCUGUUCAAGGAGCAAGCAGCAGAGACGAAGAGUCGGAUAGAGGCUCUUUAG